AUGGAAGACCCGACGUGCAAGCUUCCACAUGCAAGCCUCUACAUUCAAGACCCCCACAUGCUAGUCCCCCACAUGCAAGCCCCCACAUGCACGCCCCCAAAUGCAACCUCCACAUGUAAGCCCACAACAUGCAACCUCCACAUACAAGCCCCACAUGUAGGCCAACCGGAUUCAACCUCCACAUGCAAGCCCCAAACAUGCAAGCCCCCCACAUGCAAGCUCCCACAUGCAAGCCCCCACAUGAAAGCCAACACAUUCAAGUGCCCACAUGCAAGCCCCAACGUGGAAGCCCUCACAUACAAGCCCCCAAAUGCAAGCCCCCAAAUGCAACAUCCACAUGAAAGCCCCCCCACAUGCAAGUGCCUACAUACAAGUGCCCACAUGCAACCUCCACAUGCAAAUCCACCACAUGCAAGCUCCUACAUGCAAGCCCCCACAUGCAAGCCCCCACAUGCUAGCCCCCACAUGCAAGCCCCAUGUGCAACCUCCACACGCAAGCUCCCACAUGCAAGCCCCCACAUGCAAGAUCACCACAUGCAACCUUCAUAUGCAAGCCCCCAUAUGCAACCUCCACAUGCAAGCUCCCACAUGCAAGCCCCCCACUUGCAAGACCCCCAAAUGUAA